AUGAGCACAUUUUCCAUUUUAAAUGCUAGCAAUGUUUCACAGGCUGACUCCCUCGAGGACAGUGGCAAUUGGACGGAGGUAACUCAGUUUACCCAGCCAGGCUGGCGAAUUGCUUUGUGGGCUAUCACCUAUUCCUUCAUCAUUAUCACAUCCAUCAUUGGCAACAUCACCAUCAUCUGGAUUAUUCUCGCACACAGGAGAAUGAGGACUGCUACCAAUUACUUUAUCGUUAAUUUGGCUCUUUCCGAUUUGCUGAUGUCGGCUUUCAAUACCAUCUUCAAUUUUAUUUAUGCCAGUCACAAUGUCUGGUAUUUUGGUGAGGAAUUCUGCAGGUUUCAGAACUGGUUCCCCAUCACUGCAAUGUUUGUGAGCAUUUAUUCCAUGACAGCCGUGGCUGCAGACAGGUACGUGGCAAUAAUCCAUCCCUUCAAGCCCAGGCUCUCUGCUGGAAGCACCAGAGUCAUCAUAGGGAUAAUUUGGCUGGUGGCAUUUGGGCUCGCCUUCCCACAGUGCUUCUAUGCCGAGAUCAUGAUGGACAAUGGAACAACAAAAUGCAUUGUUGUCUGGCCUGAUGAUGUUGGAUCAAAGUACCAGCUCACGUAUCACAUUGCAGUGAUCGUGUUGAUUUAUUUACUGCCUUUAAUGGUGAUGUUUGUUGCAUACAGCAUUAUAGGAAUUACUCUGUGGAGCAGUGCAGUUCCAGGCAACCACCUUAACAGAGCCCGCUACGAACACCAAGUUAAUGCCAAAAAAAAGUUUGUGAAGACCAUGGUGGUAGUUGUGAUCAUUUUUGCUGUCUGCUGGCUGCCCUAUCACAUAUACUUCAUCCUGGGGAGUUUCAAGGAAGACAUCUACCAGCAGAAAUACAUUCAACAGGUUUAUCUUGCAGUCUUUCUUCUUGCCAUGAGUUCAACGAUGUACAACCCCAUCAUAUACUGCUGUCUCAACCAAAGGUUUCGUUCUGGCUUCAAACUAGCCUUCCGGUGGUGUCCAUGCAUAAAAGCAACUGAGAAAGACAAACUCAAACUCACAUCCCCAUCUCUUUACCAGACAACCCACAGGAAGUCAAGAACAACAAGUUUUGAUACAGAAACUCAAUUGAAUGAGAAGACAUCAUUUACCCUCACCCAGCUAACGCUCUGA